AUGUAAUGUUUGGCUUUUUUGAAAGGCGUAGAAACAGAAGUUUUGGUUUUAAAAUCUAGUUUUUCGUAUCUGUGUAUUUAUGUGAUGGUUUUAUCGGGCUAAGCUCGUCCAAAAUACAUGCACCGAACUGUCUGCUUGUUCCAACUUUCGUCUCCACGCCAUCUUCAAGAAAAAACUUGGUCAUAAAAGAUUCCGCUACUCAUAGCAUCCAUGGUGGACGCCAUCUUGAGCGCAAGUUGCGUCAAGCUGCGGGCCUAAACCAACGUUUGUUUCGCUCCUCCCGUUGUGUACACAUUUAAAUGGGAUUUAAGGUGGAGUUGAGCUUCCGGUGCUAUUUUGUGGACUAGUGUAACUGAUAAUGUCAGUCGGGGAUUAAAAUGAGACCCGAGUAAGUUGGAAUUUCCAGUUUAAGUUGAUGUGCAACGUUGACUGAGGGAGUCGGGCAGCUCGAGGAGACGAGACGGGACGAGGACUUGUUCGUGCUGGAUCUGGAUUAGCUUCGGCCUGAAGAAGAGACCAGCGGACUGCCCGCGGACCAACUGUGUGAUGGUGUAGCCAGCAGUGCAAGUGCUUUAUUAUGGCCCAGGUUCUUAACAAGGACCCCAUCACAUAUCAAAGGGAACGCGAUGGAUUUUUGCGGGAGCUUCAACACUUCCACGACACCCGGGGGACUCCCUUUCGCCGGGUCCCUCAGAUUAAUGGGCAGGAAGUCGACCUGUACCUCCUGUACGUGCUCGUUACCGCGCAUGGAGGCUGGCUAAAGGUCAACCAUCGGAAUGAGUGGGAGGACCUUCUGGAGCAGUUCAAGCUGCCGCAGCGGUGCGUCAACAGUGGCGUGGCGCUCAAGCAGGUGUACCUCAGGUACCUGGACCGCUACGAGAAGGUCCACUUCCUGGGCGACGAUGGCGGCCGCGGCAGCGACGACGACGACGACAGCAGGCACAAGCGGUGGUCGGCGCGGGCCCUGCACGCGGUGCCCCUCACGUACAACGCCUACCAGCACAACCUCACGGACAACCAGAGGGCGUACCAUGGACUCUCCACUGACCUGUUCAAGCCGUCGGACUACGACAAGCUGGCGAUGUCCCUCAUGUCGCCCCUGCCCAACGAGCAGGACUUCGCCAUCAACGUCGUCACGCUUCUUUCAAACGAGGGGAGACACACCUUAAAAUUAGACAAGUGCCCAAGACUGGUGGAAUUUCUGUUAGCUCAUGCAGCAGUUUUCAGCAAUGAGGGUACAAAGAAUUUAUUUCAAGAUGUUUAUGGGAAAGUACGACGUAGCUCAAUGACACACUUUUGGGCUGAUGUUCUGGAAGACCCUGAGCUGGCCCACCUUGCCGAUGAAACACAAUGGCCACUGAAGUCAAGAACAUCACUAGAUUCGCGUGUUUUUAGGACAGAUAGUGCAUAUACAAUUGGCAAAAGCCGUUUUAGCAAUAAAAAUACUUUUCAAAGUGACAAUGAAUUAGAUGAGGAGUGUGCUAUGGAUGUUGAUUAUCCCAGUGAUGUUGUUCUGGGUAGAAGAAAAAGUGGGGAGAGUUCAAAGACUGACAGUGGAAAGAAGAAAGAACCCAGAUUUAAAAUUGAACCGUCCGAUUUAGAACUAUUUUGCCUUGGCCGAUCAAUGGGCACUCAAGAUCACUUAGGUCAGAGGGUUGUACAGGUUGCAACCAUUCUAAGAAAUCUGAGUUUUGGAGAAGAGAACCAGUCUCUUUUGGCAACUAACCCAACAUUUAUUAGGUUUAUAUUGUUAUGUAUGAGUUCUCGAUGGGACUCACUGAAACAACUUGGAUUGGAUACUCUGGGUAACAUUGCCUCUGAAAUUCCAAUGGAGAGAUUAAGCUCAGAUCCGCUACUGCAGUUAAUAUUGUCAUCAAUCACUCAACGGCUGUAUGGGCAAGAUCGAGCUGGCAUAAUAGCUGCUCUUGAAGUUUUGAACAAACUUGGCCAGCGGGAAGAUAAUGAGGAUGCAAUACAGCGUUCUCUUGAUGGAAAAAUCUUUGAACAAAUCUGUCAGUACCUGACCCUGCAUGAUAUCAUGUUGCUAAUGCACACCCUUGAGUGUUUGUACUCACUGUCUUCCCUUGGAGAAAAGGCAUGCAAUUGCAUUGUGAGAGUACAUGGGGCCGUCGAUACUCUUGUGUCAUUAAUUACAGUAGAGGCCCAAAGCUACGGCCCAAAGGCAUGUAUUUUGAUGCGUGUUGUUGAAACUGUAACAACACACGACGGCAGUGGCCACAGCAACCUGACAGUGCUCCAGCCACCUGCCUCUUCCUCUCUCCACCAACCUGACCACUCUCAGGCAGGACAUUCAGGUCUAAAUACUCAGGCUAUAUCUUCAUUACAACAUCAACUCGCCAAAAAAGUUUACCCUGCAACAUCUGUGGCAACUAAACCUAUCUCCAUUCGACCUUCAUUUGUUACUUCACAAAGUACCUCUGGAUCUCCUGUAGUAACAUUACACCCUCAAUUGGCCCUGCAGCAGCAUAAUCCUAAUCAGCCCACCAUGUUUCCACCAUCGUCACAUCAUUCAAUACUUCCUGCAUCUUCAUCAGUUCAGAGUAAUGCAACAGCAAUUCAACCUCAGCCUACACCAGCUUCAAGCCAAAUGAUGUCAGUCAUAGCUCAAGCCCCUCCGAUGUCAGCGCCAGCCUCAGUGAUCCAACAUCCACCAUCCUCACAGAGCCCCCAGCCGUCGCGACAAACUGCCACGCCACCACCUUCCCAAAGUCAAACCGCUUCUGCACAGCUUUCAGCACAGGAUAGUGUUGUCAAAGAGAAUGAGCAGUUUGCUGCUACUUUCUUGCGAGCCACUUACGAAAAUGUUCCUGGGUCGCGAGUAGAGCAGAGUGAAGUUUAUAACAAAUACCUCAGUGCCUGCGCCAAAGCCGGAAGAAAGGGAGUGAUUGCCCCUCACCACUUUCCUAAAUGUGUCAGAACUGUGUUUGGAGUUACAUCUGUCCCAGUAGUGAAGCCGGUUAUGCUUGCUGGAGACACAGCAGGACUCAGCAAGCAGCAUUUCUAUGAAGGAAUAAAGGUGCGACCCAAGCCCAUCCCUAUCCAUUUGGAGAGGACUGCGCCCGGUACUAGUGGUGUCACUGUUGACAAAAGACCAACUAAGGCUAAAAAAGCAUUGGCGGCAUCUGCUGGCACAGCACCAUUAGUUAGUAGCACAAGUUCAGACAAUGCAGAUCCUGGCCCGUCAACUUCGGUUCCUUCUUCAACCUCUUCCUUCACUCAACCCUCCUCUAUCCUACUUAGUCAACUCAGCGCACCCCCCAAACCCAAGGAUACUCCCUCAACCCCGGACAAUGCCAACCAGGUUACAACCCAUCCGCAUCUCAGUCAAGCCUUGUUGGGUUCUGAGACAAGUUCUACUGCGUGUACAUCAGUGGCUGCAAGUACUAGUGCAAGCUCAAACAAUUUAUCCCAACCAACUUCAUCUGGGGCACAGUCCUCAAACACAUCUCUUAUCAAGAGUUUGCUUGCUACUAAGGUAGGCGAGACUGGCCUGACAAGCACGCAGCCUGCUGGCAUGAGUGGAAACUUAACCAGCUAUAACACCGACAUCAGCAAUACCCAGCAGGUUGCCCAACGACAACGAUUGCAACAGCAGCAGCUUCAACAACCUGCCCAAGCGCAACCACAAAGUGUCCCUGCACCAGCUCCAUUGCCAAUCCCCGCGCUAGUGGCAUCAAAGCCUGAAGCAACAGAGCUCACACCAACAACGCCUGCGGUGGAGUCAACACAACAGCCUCAACCUGAAGCACAGGUGGUUGUUCAAGUGGCUCAACAAUCACCAGCAUUGGUGCCAACAAGUAGUGAUCAAAUACCGGGUGGCCUACUUGCAUCAACCAUAAUUAACCAUAAAGGAAAACCUGUGAGAGUUGCUAGGAUAAAUGGUGCACGCACCCCUGGCAUCCUUCAACUGCAACCGCAGAUUGAUGCUCCAGAAACAGAAAAUCACACAGGUGGCUCCGGACUACAAGGCAGAAGAGAUCCUCCACAGCCACCUCCUCUUGCCCCUCUGAGCUCGGGAUCUAACCGAGUUGUUCCCCAGGAAGUGACUGAUAGUGCUAGUGUUAUUAAAUGUACAAAUAAUGUAAUUAUUGCUGAUGAAAAUUUAACCAAAGCUGGCAAUCAAAGUAUGGAGGGAGUACUUGUCAAUGGUGCUGCACAUCUAGAAAUUAAAUCAGAAAUCAAGGAAGAAGGAACCAUAGAAGAAACUAAACCAAUCUCAAAAGGAAAUCUUAUGCUUGUGGAUCUUCUAGAAAAAUCUGUUGAUGUGAAAGAACCUCCAGUAUUAAAUGGUGGACUAUCUUGCAAAGAUCUGUGCAUCAGUGAACGAGGGUUGGAAUUAGUUUCAAAAGGUCCCAAGUCAGACUUGGGGAAGCAGAUCAGAAUCACUGAACGUGGCCUUGAAGUAGUUGAUACUGCAACUGGCGGCACUGAAAAGGAGCUGCUUGGCAUGGAGCUGCGUCUCACUGAGCGAGGCUUGGAGCUGGUUGACAAGCAAGGGGAAGCUCCUCAGCCUGUUGUAGUAGCACCACCAGCUGUGCCACAGGACAAUGUGCUUCAGAAAGAGCUGUUGGUGGGGGAAAGAUUGUUGGAAUUCCUGGAGAAGCAGGAUGGAAACCUUGAAGAUGAAAUCAUGGUGGGUCCUGAGGGAGACUUGGCAUCUUCUUUAAAAAGGCCGGCAGGAGAUGCGGAUGAUAAGAGUGAUGUUAAAAGACUGCGACUAGAAGUUAAUGGAAAUGGCUCUAAUUCUGGGGAUGAGUCGAGUCAAGGAGAAGAAAAAGUAAAGGCCUCAUCAGCUGCUGCAAAUCUUUACUCCGCCCUUGCUGCGUCUAUCCUGGACGAUGAAGAGGAAACACUAAUGCCCCCUCUACCUGACACAACCGUGCCUGACACUCUGCCUGUCAAAGAGGAGGCAGUCGAGCCUCAAACUGGAAGUGUCGAUCAAUCAGUUGCUCAAAUCAGCGUUCCGUCUCAACCUCAGCUGCAGUUGGUGCAGAGCGGUGGAACACUACGUCAAGUAUACGUGAGCUCAGACCCCAACCAAGCAGCUCCUCAGCAAGUAAUGAUGGCGGGUACCAGACAAAUAAUCGUCUCCCAAGCUCUCACUGGCCAGAACCAAGUGCUCAUCACCACUGCGGGCGGCUCGAUAGCUCUCCAGGGCACGGCGGGGGCGGCAGGCACCGCGACUUUGAAGACCGUCUCUGGGCAGACGCUACCCAUGUUGAUGACCUCGGCUGGUGGAGGCAGUGUGAUCGCGGGGGCGGUGGCGAGGCCCGCGCAGUACGUCGUGUCCCAGCAGGGCCAGCAACUGCAACUCGUUCAGCCGGGCAAUCAGAUCCAACUAACUUCCACUGGCGUGGGCGGGCAGCAGUUCCUGAUGGCCCAGCCCCAGACGGCCCUGAUCCAGGGGCAGCCCCAGACCGUGCUCGUGGCGCAGACGCCGCAGCAGCAAGGCACCAACGCCAAGACCAUCAUCAUCCUGCAGCAGCAGCCCAGCAGCGGGGCCAGCGUGCCGGUGAGCGCCGUCGGCGCCGUCACGGCCACCCAGCAAGCCGUGCAGGCCGUGCACCAGAAGGUGCUGGCCGUGACUCCCCAGGGGCAGCAGGUAAUGGUGACUCCCGUGCAGAGGCCCGUCAUUCAGGCGGGGGCCGUCAGCCAGACCCCGCCCGCGCUCGUCGCCACCGCCCAGCAGCCGUCACCGUCGCCGUCGCCCGCGCCCACCGGCAUCCCCACGCCGGUGCUGACGGCCAACCCGUCGCCGACGGCCACCCCGCCGCCCAUCCCGACGCCCACCAUCACGGCCAACCCCAACGCUGGCGGCGUGGCCGUUGCCGGUGCCAGUGGUGCUGCCGGUUCUGCUGCCGGCGCCCUUGCCACUGCCGUUGCGAGCGCCGUUGCCAGCGGCAGCGUCGUUGCGAGUUCCGUUGCCAGUGGCAGUGCCGUGGCCGUUACUGGUGCCGUUGCCACGGCCGUUGCCAGCACUAGUGGCAGUGGCAGCACCGCCGGCGUGGCGACGCGCGCCAACGUGGUGCGGCCCAGCCCUACGCCGAGCCCCAGCUCCACGGCCUCGACCUCAGCCGCGAGCAAGCCCAACGGGGUGACGGCCUGCCCCAAGAUAGCCACGAGGAGCUCCGUCGCCAAGGCGGCCACGCUCAACACGGUGACGCCGGCCACGCCGGGGCCCUCGAGCACCGCGGCGACCUCGACCACGGCCACCGCGACCGUGCCCAAGGUGGCGGCGCUGCCCAGCACCGCGCCGAGGGCGGGCGGCAUGCCCAGCCCCGCGCCGCGGCCCCCCAACCAGUCCAUGUUCCUCUGCGAGUGGCGGGGGUGCAUGAGGAGCUUCAAGUCGGCCAACGAAGUGUACAUGCAUGCCUGCGAGUCGCAUUGUCCGUCUGGAAGCCAAGAGAUCCAGUGCUUGUGGGAACGGUGCGACGCCAUGAAGAGAAAGAGAUUUUCGCUCAUGACUCAUUUAUUCGACCGACAUUGUAAUGCUGACGUUUUGAGAAUGAUGGCCGUGCGAAGACGGCAGCUGUCCCAAAGUGGGCGCAGCGAAAUCCCUCCUCCGCAACCACCGCCGCCCCACCCUGGUUAUGCACCCAAUGCAGCAUUCCAUGCAAUCAAGAGGCACGCGUUGGAAUUUGUGAAUCCCAAAGAACUAUUGGAUGACAAUGAAGGCCCUGUUACCAAAAGCAUCCGCCUGACUGCAGCUCUAAUACUUCGCAACCUAGUCAUUUAUUCAAACUCUGGGAGAAGAUUGCUUAGAAGCCAUGAGCCUCAUUUGGCAAGUGUAGCACUUAGCAAUGUAGAAUCAUCUCGAACUGUGGCUCAAGUUCUCUAUGACAUGAAUCAUGCUACCGGAAACAGAUGACCUGAUUAAUUAUUCUUUAGAAUUUAUGAGUUAGUGUAUUUUCACUCUGGGGUGGAAUCUCAUGUGACAAGUAAACACAUUUGCAGUGUUCAAAUGCAUUAAAUGCAGUGCAGAGCCUUCUAUUAUCAUAUGAAUGUAUAGAAUCUAUUUGUAAAUACAUGUACAGUAUUUUUAAAGAACCAUAGGGUGGUUUCAGGAAUGUGGAACAGUGCUGUGCCCCUUUUAGUAGUUAUGUUGCAGGCCUGGGCUUUCAUCUCGGUGAUAUUCCAUAGAGCAUAUAAUUAGGGUGUUAAUUUAUUAAUCAUCAGACUCCAUUUUGAAUGUGUUUAUCACAGCAUUUUGCAUAUGGAGGAUUGCGACUGCUCCUAGUGAGCUAUAUUUUCAUCACAGGAACAGUUACUGCCAUGCAUAAUGCAAUUCAUAAGGGUCCUUUUUUCCCUUUCUGCUUUUAAAUAGUUAAUGUCAAGAUUACUUAAAUUUUACCGGCACAUUUAAGGAGUCUUUUUUCUUCAAAUCUUUAUUUAUCAGUGUUGUACUUAAAGUGAAGAAAAAAAUAUUCCAUGUUUUUCAUCUCAACUGCCAUGUCCAAAAUUGGGUGGGUUAUAGUUAAACUCACUUAUAAAUAAUUUAUUGUUAAAUGUUUUCUACUUUAAUCAUAAGUAAGUUUGACUGUAAUUUCUUACCCAAAGAUAUUUUACAUGUAGACAUUAAAACUUUUGUUUUUAAAUGCAAAACAACUUAAUUAUUAUUGGAUUAAAAUGUGAUCUGUUUUCUGUGAGCGUAAUUGAUUCCAGGUUCCUGUAGGGUAGGGACUGUGUAUCUGUCAACUUGAGUAACCGGUUUACUUUGUGCUGCCACUUUUGACAGUGCGUUGUGCAACUGAAAGAGUGUAUUGUGUGAUAAAAUUUAUUGUGUAUGUUAUUAUUGCUGAAAGAUUUCAGCAAUAUAUUAGUGGUAUCUUACUGUUUGGCUUAAUUGAGCCUCAAGCAUUACUUUUAGGGCACCAGACCUGCACCAACAGCUGAUCUCCAUGGCAUGGCAUUGUUAAUCUGAUUGGAAGGAUUGAUUAAUUGAGAUUCUAUCCCAGGAAGUGUCCUCUUUUUGUUUUUUAAAUGUUCUUAUCUUAAGUGAAUUUGCAAAGUUAAGCUUGCAAAGUAUGUACAAAGUAAUUUUAAAAUUUUUGUAAAGUCAGUUUUAUAUUUUAUGGAAAGGCAAACAAGCUGAAUUGAAUGUAAUCAUGUAUUGUAUAGAUGUUGACAUGAAUUUGUAGACUUUCUUCAGAUUCUCUUUGAAAAAUAAAUAAUAUGAAAAUAACUGUAAAAUUGUACUAUUUGAAACCACCAAUCAAAGAUCAUCUGAAUCCUUUCUUUUUUGUAUUUUUUUAUUACCACAACAACUCAUCUGUAAAUUUUUGUUGCCAUCGAUGGGUGGUUUAUGUACAAUCUUGACACGCGUGUAAGCAGGGAAGUUAAGCAUUUGCAUCUAGUUAUGUAAAUAUUUUUUAAAUAGUUAGAUGUUUACCAGCCUUUGCCCUUAGCUAUCGUUAUCCAAAAUUGUUGUGUAAAUUUUUGGGGGAUGAAGCUGUUAUUUUUCUAUGUAAAACCCUUCACAGUUUAUGAACAAAAUUUCUAAAGGCCCUUAAACCUCAAUCAAUAAAUAGCACUUUUCUAGAAUUAGGAGGUAUUAGUUGUAAGACCUCAUCUGUGACAGUUAUCAUAUUAUUUACUAGUGUUCUAAUCAGUAUUAAUGAUUGAUAACAUAGUUGUUCAAACAUUGUGGUGAUCAGUCCAGUUGGAGGAUGUGAAUCUGUUGAUUUUCCUUACAGUUCCUGAUUCUGGUAGCCUUUUUUAAUCACUGUUCAAAUUUUCCAUGUCAGAUCAACUUGUUUGAUUUGUAAGUAGCAAGCUGAUUUGUACCUGGGCAUGUGAUUGCAGGAUUUAAGUUUCUUUAUUGCCUAACUAAGCAGUCGAAUUCUCUUGACAUUUUCUUCUGAGAAGGAAACACCACAAUGCAUAUCCCUGUUGGGCAGUCAGUCCAAUUGUUACAUUUAUUUCUUUUAACAGUCUGGGUUAAUUUUUUUGUUAAGUAGCAUUUUCUUCUUUGUAAUUUUAUCCAAGAAAUAUGUCAUGUUUCUGAGAAAGUAGAGCUCUGCUUUUAAAGUAGAUGACUCGCUUAUCAAUUUGUGAUGAGAGGAUUUUGCACUGUGUACAGUGUGCGUUAUUGCCAAAAAGUUCUCAAAUAAAUAAAAAUUGAAUCAA